GCGCAAUCGUCGUGGCACUGUCGGGGGCGGGACUGUCAGGUCCGACAGGAAAACUAAAGAAAGGCGAGUAACGUUGUCUCAAAUAAAACGAUGGCUGCAAUCAGGAAGAAACUGGUGAUAGUUGGUGAUGGAGCCUGUGGGAAGACCUGCCUCCUCAUAGUGUUCAGCAAGGACCAGUUCCCUGAAGUUUAUGUGCCCACAGUCUUUGAAAACUAUGUAGCAGAUAUUGAGGUGGAUAGUAAACAGGUGGAGCUGGCUCUGUGGGACACAGCAGGUCAGGAGGACUACGAUCGACUGCGUCCUCUGUCUUAUCCAGACACUGAUGUCAUCCUCAUGUGUUUCUCCAUCGACAGUCCCGACAGUUUAGAGAACAUCCCUGAGAAGUGGACUCCUGAGGUCAAGCAUUUCUGUCCCAAUGUGCCCAUCAUUCUUGUGGGAAACAAGAAAGACCUGAGGAACGACGAGCACACACGCCGAGAGCUGGCGAAGAUGAAGCAGGAACCAGUAAAGUCCGACGAGGGGAGGGACAUGGCUAACCGCAUCAAUGCCUUUGGUUACUUGGAGUGCUCAGCGAAGACGAAGGACGGUGUGAGGGAGGUGUUUGAGAUGGCCACCAGGGCAGCGCUGCAGGCCAAGAGACGAGGAAAGAAGGGUGGCUGCCUUCUGCUAUAGAGCGUCAAGUCACACAGGAUUGGGAGGGAAGAGGGAACCAAACCAGGCCAAGAAAAGCAUCCCUCCUCUAUGUCUGUUUUGUCACCAGGGUGGGCCAAAUUAAACAGGGCUUGUAGAGAUGAGAGAGAAAAGUGAAACCAGGCCAAAGAAGAAAAGAGGAAGGUCAAAUGCAAUGGAAAAAGGGAGUGUAUACAUUUAAGGUUAUAGCUUUUAGCUUUCAAAUGAAAAUACUGUAAUCUCUGGUGAGGAUUUAUAACACCCAAACUUAAGAGAACAUGAUCUCUCAUGCAUAUUUCUCAAAGUGUGGCAGUUUAUGUAAGUAAUAUCUCCAGUACUCUGAAUGG